AUGGCGGACCAGCAGAUCUACGUCGACGACGGUGCCGGCAACGAUGACACAGCCACAGGAGCUCAGGACGCACCUUAUCGCACUCUACUACAAGCAAUGAUUGCCCACCCAGAUGCCUCAUAUCAGACCAGGAAAGAUGAGGCUGGGAGCCACCAACAAACACAUAAGAAGAAGCAGGCCAAGGCAGGCGAUCUUGCGGUCAGAGAGAAGGCCGAAGCAGACAAGCGGCAGGCAGUUCUUGAGGAUGCAAAGAAAGUGGUCCUGACGGAAGACAAGUCAUUACCUGAAGCGGUGAGAAUAAGACUGGACGACACAGACGCCAACAAGAUCAAACUUGGGACGAAAGAGACACCCGGCACUCGAGUGAAAGUACUAGGCAGAGUCCAUCAUCUCCGCUCACAGAAGGACGUCACAUUCGUCACGCUCAAGGAUGGCUACGGCUCAUGCAAGAUCAAAGGCCAGCUCAUGUCGUUACCUGAAGGUGCCCAUGCUCCUCUCCAGCGUGAGCUACAUGCCGACUUCUUCACCGUCAUCGGCGUAGCUGUCGGUGACAAGGAAGCCAUCACCAACAAGGUCCAGCAAGACGGCGACAUCCAAACCCUGCUCGACAACAGACACCUCGUUCUCCGUGGCGAGAACGCCUCACAAGUCAUGAAAGUCCGUGCUGCCGUCCUACGCGCCUUCCGAAAAGCAUACGAAGAAGCUCGAUGCCUCGAAGUCACGCCGCCUGCCAUUGUCCAGACUUCAGUCGAGGGCGGAGCCACCCUUUUCUCGUUCAACUACUACGGCCAGACAGCUACCUGA